AACUGAUGUUUGAAAUACAUCCAAAGUUAUAUAAUUUUUUUUAAUACUAUUAAGUUUUUUUUGCUAAAAUAUUUUUUUUUGGGUGGAUCGUUUGUCGAUCUCGUAAACAUUAUUUAGAAUGUUUUUAAUACCUAAAAACUGUUUGGACUGUAUUCAUUAGUAAAAGAAAAAACAGAAAAUAAGAUUCACAAUUUUAGGUUUUGUCGUUGAAAAAAAAUCUGAAAAUUAGAAAUUGGACGUUUAAGGUUAUUAUUUUAAUAAAUUUUGAACAAAAACUUUGAUAAAACUACACAAACAAUUUGGAAAUCUGAUAAAUACCUUAAAUAAGUCGUAAAUAAAGGUUAUGUCAAACUAAGGUUAGAACCAAAAAUGUAAAAAUGAUGAAUAGGUUCUAUAUAUCCGAACACCAACCUCGAAAGUAACAAACGACAAAGACAAAAAGAUUAUCUCGUACCAACACUGAUGAAGUCAUCUCCUUCCUCCUCUAACCGUCUCUCGAUCCAGAUCCAUUCUCUCUCCUCUCCAAACCAACAAUGCCACCCUCCCGCAAACAACACUACGCGACAAGCAGCCUCGUGAUCGGCUACGCGCUCUGCUCCAGCCUCCUCGCCGUCAUCAACAAACUCGCGAUCACCCACUUCAACUACCCCGCCCUCCUCACCGCCCUCCAGUACCUAACCUCCUCCCUCUCCGUCUUCCUCCUCGGCAAACUCCGCCUCCUCCGCCACGACCCCUUCUCCCUCCCCACCGCCAUGCGUUUCCUCCCCGCCGCCGCCGUCUUCUACCUCGCCAUCUUCACCAACACCAACCUCCUCCGCCACGCCAACGUCGACACCUUCAUCGUCUUCCGCUCCCUCACCCCUCUCCUCGUCGCCGUCGCCGACACUCUCCUCCGCUCACAGCCUCCCCCCUCCGGCCUCACCUUCCUCUCCCUCCUCGUCAUCCUCGCCGGCGCCGUCGGAUACGUCGCGAACGACUCCGCCUUCACCCUGACGGCCUACUCGUGGGCCUUGGGCUACCUCGUGACCAUCACCACGGAGAUGGUUUACAUCAAGCACAUGGUCUCGAGCCUCGAGCUCAACACGUGGGGCUUCGUUCUCUACAAUAAUCUCUUGUCGCUGAUGAUCGCGCCUGUCUUCUGGUUUCUCACGGGGGAGCACACGGAGGUUUUAACGGCCGUUAAUGCUAACGGAGGGAACGUGUUCGACCCCGUUGCGUUCUUCGCUGUGGCGUUGUCGUGUGUGUUUGGUUUUCUUAUUAGCUUCUUUGGGUUCGCUGCUAGGCAAGCUAUCUCGGCUACUGCUUUUACCGUGACUGGCGUGGUGAAUAAGUUUUUGACCGUUGUGAUUAAUGUGGUGAUUUGGGAUAAGCAUGCCACUCCUGUUGGUUUGGUUUGUUUGCUUGUUACUAUCUGUGGUGGUGUUGGUUAUCAGCAGUCUGUGACCGUGGUUAAGAAACCGACCAGUGGUCCGGGUAAAGGAGAUACUGAUGCAUGAGUUGUUUGUUUAGCAUUUGAUUUUUCAAUUGUGUAUCUCAACAUUUUUGUAAGAUUAUUACAGACGAGUGAGGGUUUUUGAUGCUCUGUUUUGUUUUAGUGUAAAUGUGAAAACAACAGUAGUAACAUGUCCCAUCUGUUAGUAGUUAGUUGGCAAAUGAAUGGAUUGUGUUCUGGAGUUU